CGGGUGGACGGUUUCCUGUAGGUGUCCCUGAAUGUGCUUGUGGUCUUUGUGGGAGGAGCUUGUGCUGAGAUGAAGACAGAGGUGCUCAGACACCUCCUUCGCUGCACACUUUGUUUCACAGCAGGACCUGCACCAUGAGCCGUGACCCCCAGAGCUACCCCCUCCCUCAGGUGUUCCUCGUGGACGGGGGCCCGCAGCACGCCGCCCAGCAGCCCAGCCUGGUGCCCUGCUGGUCCUUCCCGCCGGCCCAGCAGAGCGCCAGGGGCCGGGGGAAGAGGCGGCGCUGCGUGGGGCCCGGGGCCGCCCUCGUGGCCCUCCUGCUGUUCCUGCUGGUGUUCGCCUCUCUGGGGAUGGAAGCCUACCAGAUCCACAACGUGCAGACCGAGCUGAGGCAGCUGAGGAAGAAUCAUCCCCUGGCUGGCUCCAAUACGCCGGAGAAGCAAAUCGGUCUCCAGCCUGAGGAGAAGAGAGAGGAGCGAGCUGCAGCCCACGUCAUAGGGCGCAUCGAGGAGACCUUCUCUCAGAAGACGCUGCGCUGGGAGCCUCAUAGGGCCCGGGCCUUCACCUCCGGCGCGGUGGCGUACCGGCUGGAGGACGGCGCCCUGCAGCCCAACCGGAGCGGGCUGUACCACGUGUACUCGCGGGUGGAGCUGCUCUUCGGGGACUGCUCGCCCUCCUCGUCCUUCGUGCACUCCGUGUUCGUGAGGAGAGCCGGACUCUCGUCCCCUCUGACCCUCAUGGAGGCCCACAGAACCGGGUUCUGCUCCCAGCCGGGGAGGCGGGCCCUGACCGCAGAGAGCUACCUGGCCUCCGCCCUCCGGCUGCAGCGGGCCGACAGGGUCUACGUCAACGUGUCGCUCCCCCAGCUUCUCAGCCACUCCCAUUACGCCAACUUCUUUGGUCUCUACGAGGUGUGAACAUCUCGUCAUUCUGCCCCCUGGUCUCCUUCUGCUGUAACGUGCAACAAGGCUCAGUGCUUCCAACUGCUCCCCCCCCCCCACACACACACACACGCGCACACACACACACACACACACACACACACACACACACGCGCACACACACCCCAAACACACACGCACACGCACACGCACACGCGCACGCACACGCGCACACACACACACGCGCACACACACCCCAAACACACACGCACACGCACACGCGCACACACACACACGCGCACACACACCCCAAACACACACACACACACACACGCACACGCACACACGCGGCGUCUUAUCAAGUGUAGAGAGUCAGUAAACACUAACAUGCUGGAUUUAUUUGUAGAAUUUAGAAGAAACGUAUUUAUUUGAUCUGAUGUCUGAAUGCCUGUAAAGUUUGGAAAUGAAUAAAGUCUUA